UAAGGUUUAGAGAAUAGGGGAGGCUCAUAAGGUGUUACCGGCACUUCUCUAUGCUGGACUAACAACCAGGGCCCAAGCUGAAAAAUGGACAAUCCACAGUGUGUACAGUGCGGAGGGAAAGAAUACGUUUUGCACGAUGGAUUUUACUUCUGCCGCGAAUGCAAUGUCCAGUCUCAGGACAUACAAGAGAGAGUAUUUGAUAGUUUUUUUGCAUCUCAAAUGGUCAUACCUGAUACAAAUGUGAGUGAAUACCAAUCGCAAGAAGUCUAUUCCCAAGAACAAAAAGAUGAGAAGGAAGUGACAUCGUGGGAAGUUUUCAAUUAUAUUCUAAAAGGCUUGGUAGAUGAGAUGAUUCUCAUCGGGGCACCCAAAGAAUUGAAAAUUGUCGCUCUUCAAAUUUGGUGCACCUAUUUACAGCAGAUUCAAGUGGCAUUUAUCUCCAAAAAAUUCAAAGCAAGGCCAAGACUUGGGAUAGCUUUUAGAAGAAGGGAUGCAGAGUUGGUUUAUGAACUUAAAGACGAUGAAAGCCAUUCUCAUAAAUACUUUGCUAAAAAGAAGAAAUCAGCAAAAAGAUCAAGAAAAUCUUCGAGAUCAUCAGUUUCAACGGAAAUUUCAGCUGCUAGCAGUCUUAGGAGAGAACGCUACAGAUUGACAAUGAGUAAGAGGGAGUUAGCAAAAGCAGAAUAUAAAGAAGUGCAACAAGAGUCUAGCCAAAAUCUGAUGGCUGUCACUUUAGAUUCACUUGGUGACUCUCAAUCGCUAAUAUCUGAAAGAUCUUUUAAAAUCAGUUAUUCCAAGCACGGGAAGAAAAUGCUGAACAAACUUAUCAAUUCGGCAAAAAGGACAGAUAUAAAUGAAACGAUUGGCAUUAAAAAAAGACUGCUCGUUAGGGAGGCCAUAAGUCUACGACAUCCGAAACUAACGCAGAUAGUCGCAAUACUGAAAACAUCAUUAAACGUCCUUCAGCAGGACGUACAUUUCGGUGAUAUUCUGAGAUGGUCUGAGGAAGGAUACCUAUCACUCAAGAAUGCUGAAAAACUCCUACCGCCCAAACUUACGUUGUGUAAAGACAACAAGCACAUUUUUAAUCAAAUAAUAACUUCGCAUUCCAAUCUCGAAGGACACACUUACAACAUGGGGAAGUUUGUCAAAGCUGAAGUCAACCCUCCAUUUAAGCCUUUAAUUCGACGCUACCUUACCGAAUUGGACUUACCAGAUGAUUUGGAAAUAAUCAUAGAUGAUUUAUUAUCUAGAGUGAACACAAAAUUGCCGUUUAUAAACCAUUUAAAUAUGGAAGGGAAGGCCAUGGGUUUCAUAAUAUUUUCACUGAAACUCCUGUUCGGGUUAGAUGACAUUACUGAAAAAAAUCAUUCUAACUUUGCCGACUUGAUAAAUAACGACCCAGAGGCAAAAGGUGAAAAAGGAGAACAGUUUAGUUGGGACAAAUGGACAAGAUUUAUUGUCGGCCGGUCCGCUAAUAUAGCUAGAAUCCAUUUACCAACUACCUACAAGUAUUAUAGAGCCAGUUACAUUGGUGGGUCAGAUACUUUUCUCUCUCAAUGGGACAACUCUCAAAUAAAAUACUCAUUCAGUCGUCGAGAAAAUAUCGAUGACAAUAUUAAAAAUACAGUUAAAAGGCUUUUAAGAGAUUUUGUUUGCCCCUUAAAAGAACCUAAGACCAAACCUUCCAAGACACCUCAUUCUUCCUACUACACACUGACAAAAGGUCCUGUGCAGUCGUUCAAGAAUAAAUCUUUGUCAUAUUUAUUAAAGCCAGAUUUCCGGGAGAAGAUGUUGGACAAAUUUAAUCUCACAAGUUCCACUGAGUUGAACCAGCAGUUCAUUAUUGCAUCGAACAACAACGUAGAACCUCCAAAAGUGUAUAAAACUAGCAAGGUUAAAAAAGUCAAAUUGAACAUUAUCGACACAGAUACUGUAAAUUUAUUGAGGGUCGAUAAUGAAGAUGACGACAGAUACGAGGAAGAGACCUCACAAGUAAACAAUUGUAUUUACUUGCCAGGUGGAUCGUACUGGAUGUUCGACAAAGAAAUAUGUACGAGAGGCUUAGCACAGAACGACUUUGAUGUAGCCGCACCUAUGAUAUUCCCUGCGAGCUUUUUCUGGCUUUUAAACGAAUGUGCCACAAUGAUAAACCAAGGGACAUAUAACGUCUACAGGGAACUUGUAAAAAUAGAAAAAGCUUUUUUACUGACAGACAUCACAGAAAACAUCACUUCUUGGCCAUGAUUAUACUACCAACCAUAAGUAUUUGACACCUGUGUCAAUCCUUUUAUAGCUUUUUUGAAAGUCGACUCAAUAUGGCCUCCCCAAUUAUUGAUCACAACCUUACAAAGUUAAGACAAACUUGGAAUUAAUUUUUUGAGAGUAUUUCUUCCAUUUUUGCAGCAAACAUUUCUGAAGAUUUUCUUAACAUUUCUGUCAAGCUUGUCCCCCCACGGUAACUAUAGGAUUCAAAUCAGGCGACAGGUGACUUCCAGCUUAUUUUCCUGUGUUAAUGCAAAUAUCUUUACAAACUUAGAAGUGUGUUUGGAAUCGUCAUGCUGUAAUGUAAUUUUUUGCCAAAAAUUCUCCUUCAUAUAGGAACAUUUCAUUUUUCCAAAUAGUGACGUAUCGUUCUUUUUUCAUCAGCAAUUCAAUUAUAUUCUAUUUAAGGAAAUUUGACGAUUAAAUUUGCCAAUUUAGUAGUAUGCGAUAAUCAUUUAACUGACAAUUUCUUCUUUUGAUCUUGUAAUUUUUGAGUGUUUUUGUGUGCUGUUUUUGUAUUAAAAAUGAAUGUUUCAUCUCUGAGGAGUGAAAGGAAUUAAAACUUUUAGAACCUGAAAAUGGCUUCUAAUACUUUUUUUUGAAAUGAAAGUGAUGAAAGACGAGUAAGUUCAGAAAAAUUUUAAGAAACAGAUCGCUUGAGCCCAGAAAAAACCAGGUUGUACUAAAAAAUCACAUUUAUUUUGUUAUAGUUGGUUACCUUUUCGAAUUUUAGAAAAAAUUAGGUUGGCAAAUACUUAUGGAUGAUAGUAGGUUGUCAUAUGUUAAAACAAAUUUUUGCACAUAAUUUAGUGUUUUUUAAAUUUUUUAAUCGUAAUGUUC